AUGUAUUGUUAAAGGAACCAGGCAGCAUUUCGUCGAACGUCCUUGCGUUCUGUGGCGACUUUGGUGUCAUGAAAAGAAUCAGCAUUUUGUGGGUCCCCAAAAACAGAUUGCAUGCGUGUCACUAACACACACGGAUUAUCGUAUGCUCCCAAUACACGCUCAGUUCAAUAUUUGAUUAUUUUUCUUCCUCCUGCGUUCUCUUGGCUCGAGACGAGCAAUUGGUCGGGUACCAUACCACGUAUAAAUUCAAAAGAAGGAAAAAAACGUCACUGAACACACGACGGUAUGAGAGCGGUACUGUAACCGCUUCCGCCGUCUGUCGCGUCUUCAGCCUCGCGGCGCGUUCGCAUUCAUCUGUGGCUUUUCGAUUCGCAGUCAUCAUCAUCACCAUCAACAGCAGCAGCGGCGUAAUCGCGGUGUUCGCUUAUUAUUAUUCCUAACCUCGAACUCGAACUGAGAAUCACGUACGCCAAUCCUCCAGAAAGAAAGAGCAAGCUGCUACGAGAGCUAUGGCGACGGUCAGACACAUACACAUCGAUGCCUGAAGCCACCAUCAACAGCAGGUCGACACUAGCUGGCUGGCUGGCUGCCUGCCUGCCUGUUCGGCAGGGCUAGAGAGGACCAGGGAGCUCGUGUUCACUCGAAACUGAGGCAUAUAAAAUAGCAAUCUCGCAAUUCCCUCGUUCGACUCUGCCUGCGAGUGGAUUUUCCGACUAUGCACAGACACGCAACACUGCUCUAUUGUAGGAUCCAUUUGCAUGGCAUGCUAUGAUGUAGAUACAGUCAUUCAAAUGGUAGGAAACCGCAACUGCAGCGCAGUGACCAACCUGGAUUAUGGCAACAUUACACCUAGAAGUGCUCUACGAAGUAACUCCGGCCAGAUUACAAAUUGACAACCUUUUUGGUAUCCAAUUACCGGAAACUGGAUCAAUUCAACAAAAGUAAGCUACUUUAGCAGUAGAUAGCGAAAGUCCAUUGAGGGGCAUUUGCAGUCUUGUUUAAAUAUAAAAAAAACAACGUUCGCACAGGUGUGCGAGCUCUACGGUGCGAGUAACUAAUCGUUUAAAUUUCCACUUCAAUGCAAAGUGGCGUAGAAAUUCUCACACCGCUCAACUACGAAACGGUAUCGCAUUACUUGUGGGUACACAGCGCCAAAACCGAACCGACCAACCAACGAGUGACUGAGUGACCUAAGCACGUACGGGUACUGUUAAGCCAUUGGCCAAGCAUAGUAAAGCCAGGCAAAACCGCACGCGAACGCCGAGGGAACGGCCGACUAAAAAGAAGAACAGAAAACAGAGCAACAGACUUUACAUAACCAAACAAAAGAAAACUUGUCUGCAUCUCAGCUGAUUGAUGAUGAUGCGACCGUAUGAACGAUUUCCCGUUGCCCAUCUGCUACAGCGUGAGUGGCUUCUGUAUAAAAACCAAAUCCAUGUAAACACAAUAGAAUGAAGGAAACGAUGAAGAGAGUGAGUGUAAUGCCGCCACCCUUUCGUACGGCGAAGACAAAGCACCAUUAAUAGCAAGGUAAAAAUAUCCGACGUAGUACAGCGAAUAAUCGAUGAGUGAGUGACAACACAAAGAGAGAGAGAGAGAGAGUGAGUGGCUAGUGUCCACUCUUUUGCCGUAUGUUCUGCGCUCGUCAAAGCAUGGAGGCCAAUCGGUAGGUGCACGAGUCAAUGCGACUCACUCCGACUCUAGCAGUACGGCUGGCGUUGUCGUCUUCCUCAGUCUCUGAACAGCCCACGAACGAACAACACGCAAAAGUGGUGUUGCUCCGUCGAUCGAGGUCGCGUGUCAAUUUGAUAUACAAUUUAACACAGUAGUAGCAUAACAAAUUGCGAUUGAUGCUUUAAAGAGCCGAAGACUUUUUUUGUGAAGAGCCAAUGCUGAAAAGUGAAUUUAUUAUUUUUUCCAGCAAACAGUGUCUGUAGUACUUAAAGGAUACAUAGUGCAGCAAGGAUCAGUCAGGUGUAACAGGAGCCGGUUGUUGCUCUGCCUAAUCAAUCUGGGACUCUAUCGUGUCGAAAGUGAAAACUAUCUUCCGGUAACCAUUCACCGCAAUUAGGCCUAAAGACAUCUCAAUUACAAAAUAUUUAUCAGCUCUUCAAAUAUGGAGUGAACAUUAGAGUGAGCGAUAAACCGAAAGGCAAGUGUACGCGAGAGUAUAAACGGUGUGCACGCACGGUGGAAAGGAGAGAAUGCGUAAAACGAGCCGUGGUGGCAGCAGAAGCAGCAAAUCUUGUCUUAAAACGGUUAAUAAGAAACAGCUAACGGCAAGGUCGUAUCUCGCCGUGCAGCGACGGUGAGGCAAGAAGGGAACUGAAGUGGUAGCGCGACGUACAGCAACAGAGUAAAAACACUCAAAAGUGAAUGAAAGACGAAAAAUUGCCAUUCAAAAGAGAAGAGCGAAAAAACUAUCCUGCUCCCCCCGCCCGUGUCCCAUCACACAAUAGUGACUAGAGAAGUGAACUGAAAGCUAUUAUAGCCAUUCGAAUUAAAAAUUGAAAAAAAGUGAGUGGAUGAAUUUAGAGCGUGAACUAAAAAACCAGUGAAUACAUAGAUUAGCUGGUGGUUGCGGUUUUGACGUUGGAGGCACCGACAGGAGUACAAAAGUCGGAUAUUUAUCGCUCCUGGUGCGGUCAGCAGCUCGUUGAUAGAUAACCAAAUUAAUAACUGGUAUUUCAUUCGAAUAGUGGUGGCAAAAGGGUCAAAGAAUAUCGACACGAUCUGCGGCGAUCGGAUUCCCCGGAUGCUUUGGAUUAUUCUGUGGUUUCCCAAUAAUAAUCACCCCGCCGGGAGUGCAGCAGCAGCAAGUGGCGAAAAGCAGAGAGCGAAAAAACUGAAUUGUGAAAUCUAUCGCUAGAGACUGUGAUUUAACAAAAGAGAAACUAUUUACGGAUUGCAAGUGUGUACCCGCGAUAGCGUGACAGAAGCACCGAAAGUGAAGUGAAGUAGGGAAGGAAAUACGCACCCAGUAUAGUUCAAAGAAAAAUUUUACUAGCGGUUUUCGUCGAAUCGACUUGGGACCAAACAAAUUUGACGCAGUUAAAAAUCAAGUAUUAGCGAAGUGCGCCACCACUAGAACUAUCUGAACGGGUGAGCGUGUGUAUACACGACGCCAUGACUUUGCCGAGCAACAAUAAUUCCAAUGUCGCUGAAGACGAUUCGGACAUUUUCGGACCACCGCACACAUCUCCUCCGAUUCGACGAAAUCGACCCAAAGUUCCAAUGAUUUCCGCGCAGUUACGGAUGCGUGAAGUGCGCAAGCGAAUCCUACAGUUGUGUGUCCACAAGCUCGAACGAAUCAAGGACUCCGAGCGGAAUCUACGCCGUUCGGUGUGCAUCAACAACACCUACUCCCGCCUGACGGACGACAUCCGGCGAGAGAAGCAGAACAAAUAUCUGAUGCUGAAUCAAUUGACCAAAUCUGACAUCAACGGAAAAACAGACUGCGACAGUGUAAACAACAACAACCUCAGUGUCAACAACAGAAACAAUGAAAACCUGAACCAGAGCAACAAUCUGCGCCGACGAUCGGAAUUUGCCGGAAACAACAACAACAACAAAAGCAGUAUUACCAAUAACAACAACAACAAAUCUUCCCGUGUCGAUGAGUCCAAGCCUGCGAGAAAGUCUUCCUCGGUAGAUACGGAUUUGGAAACCCUGGACCGAGAGCUUUGCGCACUGGACGCCGCUAUGCCCUUGGUGGAUCCGGAAAUUACGCAAGGCGCCGAACAACUGGAGCAAGCCAUGGUCUCGCGAAAGCGUAAGUUCUCCCAAAUGGACGAAGAGGACAAUGACCGGUUGGUGCGCGAAGCGCUCUCUCAAUUCUAUCUGCCCAGCAACCGGCUCCUCAGCGGCAUCGACGACUGUCCCUCACACCUAUUAAGUUCAACAUCUUCGGUAGUAGUUCCCCUGUCACCAUCCGUCGAUGUCAAACGUACCAAAGUAGAUCUCCUCGACAGCAGUACAGUGCAUCACCAUCAGCAGCAGCAGCAGCAACAACAACAACAUCAUCAUCAUCACCACCACCACCAGCACCACCACCAUCACCAUCAUCAUCAUCAUCCCUUUCACUCGCUACCGGAUCUGAACGCGGCACUCGAGCUUUCAAACCAAAACCACCACCAUCAGAAAGAUUUCGAGGUAAUCAUGGACGCACUGAGGAUCGGUGCCGCUGCUGCCGUCGCCGGAAACACUAUAACCGGCCCGGGUGCGACCGGUUGCAACAUCGUCGGUAACAUUGAUUCGUGCGGCCAGGCGGCAAUGAUGAUGAUGAGCGGCGAGACUGGUAGUGUGUUCCACAACCUAGUGGUGACGUCGCUGGAAACCUGAAAGUAGGCCAAUGCGCAUAACCUCUGCCGUUACCAACGGUGGAUAGCAAUCACCAGCCCGGUGGUACCCCCGGACAACUAACGGCGGGGAACAGCAAUACCAACCACAAUACUUUAGUGACAAUUGCUACAGUAGCCUUCAAAUGCAUUGAUCUUCACUUAUUUGUAACAGAAGCGCAACAACGUAUAGCAUCAUUAUUUAAAUCCAAUCUGUUAGCAUUACCUAUCAAAAUAUUUAAAACAUUUUAUUAAGCAACAACAAGGCUGUCAAAAUUUCGCUCCCAAAGGUGCGCAUAAUGGAAUUCGCGAGGCUGCUUUGAUUUGCAAUAUACAGCCUAGGAGAGCGACGUCGCGACUUGUACACCAAUACAAUCACAACCGCAGCAGCAAUAACACUUGCCAUGAAGCGUGUGUGAAGCAAGUGAGUAGAAAAACAACCCAUUCAACGAGGCAAAGGCAAAUCGAGGAAAAAUGUAAGUGAAAGUGCAAGAAAAACUUAGUAGCUUGCUUUUAGCUCUCGGUCGAUGGUUUCGCGUUUUCUAACCGCACACACCAGUAGGCGAAAAGAAACAAGCCGAAGGAGAAAAAACAACAACCGAUCAAAGCAACAACGGUUGAGUAAUCCAAGUUAGCUUCUGAGCCUCCUAGCAGCGAAAAAAAAAACUAAAAACACAAAGAAGCAAAGUAAUGUCAUCGUUUUCCUUCUAGAUUAAGUUACAUCAGUGUCAUUGCCAAAAUUAACGUUUAUUAAAAUCAAACUCGCAAACAUUUGUCAAAUCCUCGGAGCGUGAAAAGCUCACAAUGGAAGCUACCGCACACGCGGUUUUACCAGCGGUAGCAAGUGAAGGCUUGUUUUCCUCUCUCUCUCUCUGCUGACCUACAAACUAUGAGUUGAAGAUGAAAGUUUCCUUUUUAGUAGUUAAUGCGAAACAGCCAACACAUACCUAUGCAUAUUGGCAGCGAACAAAUGGAAGAGGAAAAUUUAUAGUAAACAGUAUCUGUGAUAUUAAGAGUAAGGUGCGUAAUUUAGCUGUCAUUAGUAAAGGAAAUGAUGAAAAGUAAUUUCACGGUUUGGGAGAAGCAACUCAAGCAGCGUAGUGUAAGCGAGCAAAUUGAGAUUUUAAGUUUGUUCAUUCGUAUAAUACUAUCAGAAAAAAACAACCAAACUAUUCCAAUGUGUAGUUGACAGAAUACUAGAAACCGAAAGCGCAAUUUCACCUUUUCCAUUUUUAUACUUUUUCUUGUUGGAAAAUUGCUUUGGAUGAAUCAUUUCUAAAUUCGUAGAAUUUAUAAACCAUUAAGUGUAGAGUAAAGCCAAGUGAUUAAAGACCAAGUAGAAAGUGUACACUGUUAGGUUUCAAACUACAUUAUUACUCUAAUACUGUAAGAAAAAACCAAUCCAUAGAUCGCGAUGGACAUGUGUACAUUAACCAACCGGAAUUUUUAGUGAAAGGAAGACCAAAGCAAAAAAACAACAAAAGAUCCUCGAAUGUCCUUACUUCCAGAAUUCUUAGCUCUACUUUUCAGCCAAAUAAAAUUAAUCUUUACCACGUAAAUGAACGUCACCAUUGCAUGUUGAUCAAAGCGCCAAUUGCUUUAGCACGAUUGCUAAACAAAUCCUUCGAAUCGUCGUCUUGUGGAACGACCGAAGGAACCAGCAGUCCGAGAUUGUUUAUUUUGUUAUUGCAACAUUCCAGAAAAUGUUGACUGGUCAACAAACAAUUAGAAUUGCGUAGCAAUUCGGGGACGUGUUUUGUUUUUGUUUGUCAAAAUUAUUGCAACCAAAGUGAUUCACCCUGGCAGAUCAGUUAAGUACUUAAACAGCUGCACCGGCGACAUUUCAAAGAGGAUUAUUUGUUCAGGACCAAAAGUACGCAGUAAGAAAUAAUCUAUUCACUUUCCUAGACAAACCCCUGGCUUCAACCGCUCAGAACCAUGUGGAGAGAUAUAUAAAACAUACCCAAAGUGCUUGAAUUUGUUGAAUUAAAAUUGACCCAUUGUAAUUACAAUUUUGUAUGAUAUGAUGAAAAAAAUUUAUUCUAGAAUCGAAGUUAUCUUUCGAAUUGUGUCAUUAACUAUACGAUUUUUUUUCUAAUUUGAAUAAAUUUAUGUCACCCUUGCCGAAACCCACCAGUAGCCACUGAGCCAAAUCAAUUUUCGAAUUUUCUUAUGUUAGCAAAACGAAUGUGUGCAAUUACGACAGAACGCUCUGAGAUUGAGACUUUACUCGUGCAAGCUUGAUACAUUUUAACCCUCUGUUUAUCACGUAUCGGAACCUAUAGUUACCUGGUAAUUUAUAUGGUUUUAGUUCAAGCAAACUAGAGACAAAGUGGCUUACUUCCUCUUCCACCGGCCUUUAACCUAUAUACCGUAUGUAGUAGUCUAUUGUAUGUUUUGUUUAACCGCAAAAAUUUAGGAUAAUUGUUAGUCCUUUUCUUUUGUAGUUAAUUUCCAAUUGUUUGGCGAAAUGCAACAUUUUGUAGGCCUGUUUCCUUUGUUCUUAAUUUUAUUUAGACCACUUCCGCGUUUUAUUCAGUUAAUUUAUACAUUAUAUUAUUGGUUAGUAGUUGUAUUUAAUGAGUAUAACAGCAGAGAAUGAACUUAUACGUUCGUGCUACAAUCUAAAUAAAUAUAUGCUGAAAACUAUAAAAUAAAUAAUAACAUAUACAAAUAAGGACACUUAUUGUUGUAGUAGAAUUUUAUCUUC